GAAAUUGUGGUGAAACGUGAAUUUGUAUUCUGCUAUUUUUAUAUGUUUGUGACAGGGUUGGGGACGCGGUAAAUAUGAGAAAUAUUCUUGGACAAUAGACGGUUUUAGUUAACUCAAAGAAGUCGAGAAUGGGUAUUUUUGGUGAGAUUUUCUCCCGGAAUCAAGAGAUGCCGAGUGUAUGGCAGGCUACAAUUCAAAAGGUGGUGGUGAUGACUGUGCUGGGAUGAGGCAAUGCGGGAGCCGAGGCAGUUAUGUAGGGACCCAACCGAACGUGCUCAAGGAGGUCCGCUACCCAUUCGGUGUGCAGAACGACCUUGGCCAUGUGCAGAUUCCGACGCAGAAACCGAAGGCGGACGUUCUGAGCUCUGGAGGAAGAUCGACCCCGAUAACAGGAGUGUCAACCCCUCCGCUCUGGAGGUCAUCUCAGCAGCAUCGUCAGUCAACACCAUCACUCCAGUCCACGAGUUUACAAUGCAGCUUGGCGUCAUCCUGCGACCUUACAGCAGACGCGUUAAUGCUCGAAAGAGCUAUCAAAGCCAACGACACUCUCAGGGUAAAACGGUUUCUCAAUAUACACCAUGACAAAUUUCAGGUCAACCUGCACGGUAGCCUUUUGGGUAAAUCUUCCACAGACGAGUCUCAGAGCCAAGACGUUGAAAUACUUCUCAGGAAAUCCAAAACGCUUAUCAACAGGUUGGACCCGGAAGAGAAGCCGAAUGUUGACCGCAGCAGCAGCCCCAGCAUGUGCUCGUCGGACAGUUCGUCCAGCAUUAGUUCGGGUGGCGCCGGAGAAGUGCCUCUUGUUUUUAGUAACGCCCUCCACCUCGCCGUUGAAUACGGUUCAGUCGAUGUAUUGCGUCUUCUUCUCAAAUACGGUCUCGAGCCGAACCAGGGAGGAAGGGUUCCCGGGGGGAUCAUCGAGCAGGACAUCCUCCCUCAACAGCCAUCAACGCCCACCACCACCUCACCGACUCGGACCAGCCUCACUGGAUGUGGAAGCGAGAUUAGCCCAAGUACGGGCCCUACGCCCUCAGCUUCCGGUAUUCCUGCAAUGGCCCCGGCCGGCCCUAUGAGAAGGGUUUCGUGGAUCGGAGGGAACAAAACGGAGAAAAAGAGACGAGCUACUAUGAAAGCACUUUCCCGGCAAAGGUCCUUCAGCCUGGAGUCCAACUCGGAAAACCUGCGUCCGUGGGCCGGCGAGCGGCGAUCCGUUUCCCUCAAGUCCUCACCUCUGGUCAGUCCGAGGCCGCCUCCACCACCGGCACAGCAGCAGAGAACGGAAUCGCCCAAGCCGCAGGAGAGAAGCAUAUUCGCCGAACUGAGGAGGAGCUCGGAAAUAUUCAAAUCUAUUCUUCUCAACCUAUCGAUGAAGGAGCAGGAGCCGGAAGAGACGAGGAUUGAGUCUCCGAGCCCUUUGUCCGAACCGCAGAUAGAUGUCACCGAGCUGCUCGCCGCACACGAAAGGCUGAGGACGCAGGAAGAAGUCUAUUUUUUUAGUUCCUCCGAUUCGUCUUCAUGCGAGUCUUCCUUGAGCUCAUCCGAUGAUGACCUCGACACUGAAGUCCAUCAGGGACACGGUGCCGAAAUCGAAGCAGGGUCUAGAUUAAGGAUCAACCCGAAUCUUCCUCCGGACAAAACGACCGGGAUCGCCGACAUCUACACAAGAUCCUAUCUUCUGACUCUGCCUGUCCUUUUUUUAGCAGUCGUCAGGGGAAACCCGAUCAUAAUGUACCUACUGCUGAAAUACGGAGCGGCGGUCAAUUUCCAAGACACUCAUGGAAAUUCUCCGCUGCACCUUGCUGUCGUCCGGGAUAACGUCCCCUGGGAAUGCGUCGUCCAGCUUGUCGAGAAUGGAGGGCAAGUUUCUACGAAGAAUAUGAGAGGGGUCACCGCGGCCGAACUCGCCCCGCCGGGGCUGCUCACCUCCCUGCAGCACAACAUGAUAAACAAAGCGUGGCCUGAGCCGGGGCAGGAGGCAUCAGCCCCGCAGCCCAGAGGGACCCCGGCUCGUAUACUGAAGAAGCUUCGCAGCGGACGAGCGGAGAGCGGCGAAGAAGGCAGCUAUGCUUCCGGAGGGGAACAGAAAGAAUUGUCUUCCACUGGCUCCGCCAGAUCCAGCCUUAACCGAAGCCCCGAUCUAAGCAAGGAGGCGCAGGAUGCAGGAAAGAAGCGAGACUGCGAAAACCGGAAAUCGCGCGGACGGCGGAAAUGGAGAGAGUCGACCAGAGAGAGACAGGCUUCAACAGUCUCCGAAAAAAUCGCGCCGUGUGCUGACCACGAGCGUGGCUUCCAUGUGCUCUUACAAAUGUGUUCGAACCCCGAGGUACUCGGUUUCAUCCUCAGAGGCCUUCUGGCUCAUAUAUCAAGGAUUCUGAAACUCCUCCAGCAAAGAAACGACUCGUCCCUUCACAGAAAUAUGGCCGCACUUUUACAUAAAUUGCUCAAGACUUCUCUUGAAACGUACGGAGGUACUUCGCUGGAAACAUCGACGGCGGAAGAAGCGGAAAGAAGAAGAAUCGAACUGUCCGCGGCUUGUUCACUUCUCCUCAAAACGUGUCUGACGCUCAUCCACGGCGUCCACGAUCUACAGUUUACAGCGAUGGUGACCAUUAACAAGGUGAUCGACACUUGUGUCGUCUACAGGCUGGCACAUUUGAAAGUGAAGAUCUCUGAAGCCCUGCAACAUCCGGCAAGCCUAGCUGAGAAAAAAAACUUCCCAACGAAAGAGGUUACUGAAGAGACAGAGACUAAGAACGGAGCAAAAAGAAGCAAAUGUGCAAAAACGACCAAGAGGCUUGGAUCGGUCUGGCGUCACGCCGCUGGAGAACAUCUGGAGCAAGUCAGAAGAACCUUAGCGGCUGAGAUCGUCGAGCAUGAGGAGAGCGUUAUCGAUGUGCUGUCAUCAGUGCACGCCAUGUCCGUUUUGAACAUCCUUCACAACGCGUUGACGUUAUACAAGAGAGUCAUUGGAAGCAAACAGCAGUGUACUCCUAGCCAGAGAUGGCGUCAUUGUAGUUAUCAUUGUCUUCAGCUCCUAGCUGCCAGGUCUCUUCUCUUCAUGGUUGAAGGCAAGACUGUGCAGGCCCAGCUUGCCCAGGAACCUCAGCUUCGGAUCCUCGCUGCAGCAUUAGAUUCGACCCACGAUCCUCAACUGCUAGUUCUCGUACUUCAAAUCGUGGCGACGCUGGCGCUAGACCCGGCCAAUCACAGGGCUUUAGCAGACCAAGGGCUUCCAGACGUCCUUUCUCAGCUUCUUCUCCCUUCUGACGAGUGGUACUACACCAACCAUUCCACAAAGUACGCCAGGUUCGUGAAGCACCACGUAGCACGGAUACUUGUCUACCUCGGCUUCCAACAUAGAGUCAACCUCAGAUUCUCCGUGUACGAUAUUCUACAAGAAGACGCUCCUCCGCCGACUCCAUUGCUUGAAUCUGUAGAAGAUAAUUAUAUAAUCAACACAUCAGCUCCGCCGAGUUCGGUUUCUUGUGGCGACACGAAAGCGCUUCUUGGUGUAUCAGUCGAAUAUGCCGUUAUCAGCGUGCUGAAAGCUAUCGAGAGCUCAUUGACACAAGGAAUCCCCACGGAAAGCACUAGCCUGCAAUGGGUCCUGAGCGGCCAUUCUUACUACAGCCACACGCUAAAUUUCUUACAACACCAGGAAAGAAAGGUCCCAGUGGAGCCUGUUUCUCCAAUUUUCGUCCAAAGCUUUUUGUCCUGCUACCCCUGCGUCCUAUCACCCGUUAUUUUGGUUCGACUUCUUCUUCACAGACUGCUUACCACGGCUGCACAUCUUCAGAGGUGGAAGUCGUGCACGUCUAGAUCUUCUUUCGCAUCGGCCGCCCACGAUGCUCCCAGGAGCCCGCGAAGCAGGGCGAGCUCUACCGACACCGAGCCCAGCACUCUCCGGAACCGAAGAAAAGCUUGUUUAAAGGUUAACUUGACUGUGGACUGUUCGGGCUGGGGGUCGGAUCACGUUGUCGAAAGUGUGCGAAGCCACAGGUGCCUUGAUAGAGGCGCUUCCUUGGUUCCUAGAGACAGCAUAGGAAGCGCAUCGGGUCUCGAGCCCGCAAUGCAAGCCAUAUUUGCCUUUUCUCAUAUUUUAAGGACCAGAUCUAAAGAGAGUAUCCACUCGGGGGAAAGCUCCGACGGACGUCUAAGUCCAUCAGAUUUUCGACCAUUGGCUGCCUUUAAUCUUAAUCACCACCAGAAAACUCGCUCGUCUUUUCGAUUCUCUAGCCUUAGACAUAGCAACAAACAGAGAUCGAAAUCACAUGCGAACAUCACGAAAGUACUCCACCAGGUUGAAACCGGCUGCCGGAGAGAUACGCCGGAACAGGAGAUCAUCGCGUUCCAGAAGCAGCUGCAGAACCUACCUGAUUUCGAUUCGCCAGAAGGCGGUACCAGUCAAGGUGUAUCGAGCGAUGCCAUGGAAAAGCCUCAUCUUCGCCCUCGGUCGCGAUCCAUGCCCAGAGUGACUUACGAAGGUUCCAGGUUUCUGACACUUCCGGAAGUCACGUGGUCAAAGCUGCCGAGGGGGAGGUCGGCCGGAACAUUGGGAUUCCAAGUGGAUCAUCACCAGCCUCAAAACAUGGCCCCUUCACCAGUUUCGACUCCAGUGGAAGAAAGGAGGGUGUCCAGUGGGACGAUUCAAGGUGGGAAUAUGUCCGUCGUCGGUGGAAAUUCACGAAGAUCUUCUCUCUCUCCGUCCGACAGGACCAACCGAAGACGAGACAGUCCUGCCUGCAUACAACUGGAAAUACCUCCUUGGCACAGGGCAAUACUCAAUUUGAUAGAAGAAUGGCUCAGGGUUUCGAGGUUGGAGUUGGAUAGGAACCCUUCAUUGUGUAAAGAACUUCGUGACCUGAUGGGUAAGGUGUCGCCCUUAGGUACACCAUAUCAACAGUGGUGUGCCGAAUUUAGACAAGAAUUCCCAGUUUUGAAUAAAGAUCCGGAUUUAGAAGCCGGAGACGAUCUAGAAGAGACAGACAAAGAAUAUUGCCAGUUAUUAAACUUGGUGGUAAGAGGAGAGUUGCCAUGUUCGAAAGAGGAGGCUGCAGCCUUGGCCGGAAUACAGCUGAGAAUCCAGGAAACCUGGGGACGACCCCACAACCACGGUCCGAUCUCGCCUGACGACAACACCCUCAAACCGAUUUCAGAAGACAAGGAGAGUUUCCUUCUCCCCGUGCCCAACUUCGGCGGAGGAAACAUGGUCCGCCCCGUCAGUCCGCUCGUAGAAGAAGCCGAAACAGAAGAGGGCGAGGGAAAAAGCACAGGUGAGAGGACGCCUCAAGGAGCGGUGACCGUCGCACCGCCCAUCAUCAGGGCACCGAGCCUUUUGAGGAAAUGUUACCCGUCCAGCUCACAGCAAGUACCAUUUAUGCCCUCGGGCCACCUCGAAGACUGCCUCCCUCCAUGCUAUCAUGGUACCAAAGCAAUGGCCAAACUAGUCAAGAUGCGAUGUAGCGUUGCGGUUGUACGGGAAAGACUGAUGAAGUCGGGUCCACUUAUACUGCGAUGCGGGAAGAUGUCAGGCAUGCGGUUGUCGUGUAUCAAGAAGAAGGACACAACUGAUUGUAGUGCGGCGGACGAAUAAUAAUAAUAACGCCCGUAUUGCUAAACAGAACUUAAACUAUCGGAUUCACAAUACAAAAUAACUUAUACAAAAUAUAGUAAUAGCCUGAAACAUCUAAAUUUAAAGAAACGGAGUGUGUGCAGUCUUCUUGGCGGUUGUGACGCGACCGGUCCAGUUUACUGGACUUGACAAAAGGAAGGGCUGUUUCCAUAGUAAUGAAAAAUACAAAACAAAUCGCCGUAGUAACGGCGACCUGUAAACACUGGUGCCCAUGUCAACCGAAAGCGUAAACAUUUGGUUCCCAUAGUAACGGGAGGCGUAAACAUUCGUUCCCCGUGGCAACGAGAUCAAACAAACUCUAACUUAAAUUAAAAACAAAAAUACAAUUUAAAUCCAGGCGUAAACAAUACGAGUAUCCGGUUCUGACGCUACUCGA